AUGAAAGACCUAGGGAGUUUACACGAGGACUCUCCACCGCCGUUGACUACUGUUCCUCAUGCUUAUCGGGUAUCUUCGCUUGAUAGCUCCUCCGCUCUAUUCCAUUGUUGCAUUCCAAUCGAAUGGUAUACAUAUCCACAAUAUUCUGUCGACUUCUGCCACCGGAAGCAAACCACCGGUCACGAAAACAUCUUCACCACCCCUUUAUCCAAUACAACAUCGGCUCCUCGAACCUCAUCCAUCUUGAAGCGCAAACAAGCGGCCUGCCACGCCUGUCUUCUAACUGGAAUUGCAGCGAUGGAUAGGGCUUCAUCACCUUCGGUGGCGAUGGUACACCUCAACCAGGGGAUGCGAAUGAUGUUCUCACUGCCAAGAAGAAGUAACACAAGGUAA